AUGGGGCUCGAGGUCCAGAAGAAGUAUCGGAUAGACAAGAUGAGGUUCGGCAUCGACAACGAGACAAUCGCCUCGACCCUGGCGAUAGACGUCAAUGACAUUUCCCAGUACUCUCCCUUUUCGUUCGAUGCGGUCUAUGCGUUCAUCGUGGCCAUCAAUGGGCUCCUGCACAAGGGGCUUUCUGUCGCAGAGAUCAAGGGCAAAGUGCUGUUGGAUGAGCUCCAGGCCUCGAACUUCUCGGGCAUUUCCGGUGAUGUGGAGUUUGAUGAGAAGGGUGAUCGGCUGACGCAAUAUAACCUGCUCAACAUCCAGCAGAAUGGGAAUUCCACAGAGAUGGUGUUGGUGGCAGUCUUCAGUGCUUCCACGAGGAGUUUCGCCUUUAAGCAGAUGCCGGUGUGGAUGGACGGUAACCGUUCGGAAGAGCCAAUCCACCUCUUCGAUUGCGACCCAGGCUUCUACCAGGAGGACGACUCCAAGCUAUGCAGGAAGUGCCCUCGCGGGAUGCAGUGCGCUGGAGGACUCGACACUUUUCAGCCCUGCCGACCAGGAACCUUUGCCAACGCAACGGGCAUGCAGCAGUGUAUGCCAUGUCCGCAGGGCUCGUUUGCCCCAGACGCGGGUUCUGCACAAUGCAGUGCAUGCCGCCCGGGCAGCGAAGCGCCUGAGACAG